GAAAUGUCAAUGCCGGUUUUCUUGUAUGUCAUUCAUGCUUUAUGUCAGUUUUGCCCAAAAUGUCGGAAAAUACUGAAAAAAACCUAUUGGAAAAUGUUAGUCCAGUGGAAGAAAGUACGGAUGGAAUCGUCGUAAAUAAGAGUACAAAAAAACGCAAUAGAAACAAAAAGAAGAAAAAUGGGGUACAAGAAGAACAAAUUGACCAAAAUAAUGAGGUUGUUCAAGUUGAAAAAAAUCUCUUAUCAAACUUUUCCAAUCCAAUUAAUACGAUAUCAAUUAAAGAGCUAAAAGCAGCCAUGGAAGUUUUCACUUUAUCACAAAAGCCAGCAAAAAGUUCCGAGGAAGCUCUUAAAAAGAAUUUUCAGUUUUGGCAUACUCAGCCUGUGCCUAAAAUGGAUGAAAAAAUAACUGUUAAUGAGGCGAUAGAACCAGAUAAGGAACCAUCUGAAAUUAGAGAAGAACCAUAUAGUUUACCAGAUGGUUUUAAAUGGGAUACUCUUAAUUUAGAUGAACCUUUGGUAUUAAAAGAACUUUAUACGUUACUUAAUGAGAAUUAUGUUGAAGAUGACGACUGUAUGUUUAGAUUUGAUUAUCAACCUGAAUUUUUGAAAUGGGCAUUACAACCCCCGGGCUGGAAAAGAGAGUGGCAUUGUGGGGUAAGAGUUGUAAAAAGUAGUAGAUUGGUAGGAUUUAUAUCUGCUAUUCCUGCCACGCUCAAUGUAUAUAAAAAGAGACAACAAAUGGUAGAAAUCAAUUUUUUGUGUGUACAUAAAAAACUUCGAUCGAAAAGAGUAGCUCCUGUAUUGAUCAGGGAAAUUACCCGUCGAGUACACUUGAAUGGCAUAUUUCAAGCAGUUUAUACAGCUGGAAUUGUGUUACCAAAACCUGUCAGUACAUGCACAUACUGGCAUCGAUCGCUAAACCCCAAAAAGUUGAUUGAAGUCAAAUUCUCUCAUUUGUCUCGCAACAUGACAUUGCAAAGAACUCUUAAACUAUAUAAGCUACCAGAUAAACCAAAAACUCCUGGAUUUCGGAAAAUGACACCAAACGAUGUACCACAAGCCCACAAAUUACUUGAAGAGUAUUUGAGUCGUUUUGAUUUAGCACCAAAUUUUAAUGAAGAAGAUUUUACUCAUUGGUUUUUACCUCGAACAAAUAUAAUUGAUAGUUUUGUAGUAGAAACAAAUGGCGAAAUAACUGAUUUUAUUAGCUACUAUACUCUACCAUCAACGGUGAUGCAUCAUCCAGUACACAAAACUUUAAAAGCUGCUUAUUCUUUCUACAAUGUAUCUAAAGGGACACCUUGGAUUCCUCUAAUGACAGAUGCCUUAAUAUCAGCAAAACAAUUGAAUUUCGAUGUAUUCAAUGCCUUAGACCUCAUGGAUAAUUCCGAGUUUUUAUUGCAACUUAAGUUUGGUAUAGGCGAUGGUAAAUUACAGUACUAUUUGUAUAACUGGAAGUGCCCCAGUAUGAUGCCCUGUAACAUAGGUUUGGUGCUUCAAUAAAGAAUGAAUAUUACUGAUUUUGGUGGUUUGAUCCGAUGAUAUAAAUUAACAGAUUGCUGAUUUCAAUUAUACUAAAUUAAUUUAGCUACCCAUGUUGGCAUUCCUAGAUAACAAAUUUUCAAAUAUUUUCAUUAAGUAAAUGGAUAUAAGUAUUUAUAGAAUAUAUAAUUGAAAAUUCAUUAAAAGUUAUAUCAAAGAUGAUUUUAUUUUUAAUGAUUACAUUAUUUUUUUAAAUCUACCCUUAGAUAAAAGUUUUGUGGGUUGUGAAUCAUUGCCACCCCUAAUAAAUGCUUUCUGAAAACAGGACCAUACUUUAACAGAUGCACGCUUUCCAAAAAGUACCUCUCUACGAUCACAAAUACCAAAAUUUGACUUACCAGAAAUAUUAUUGCUAGAUUUUUUCGCUUUCUUUUCCAAUAUGCGAACAUUUCUUUCAUAUUUUGACCGUCUUGGGCCUCAGUUUCCACCAUGUGCUAAAUCGUUUCUAUGCAUUUGAUGAAUUGGCAUUUUCAAAUAAUUAAUAAUGAAAGUUCUCAAAGGAGAAUAUGCUAUAUUACAAGAUUUUAUAUUUUUUUCGAAAGAAAUAAAUAGCCUAAUUACAUCUAUGAUAAGUUGUGCUAAAAACAGAAUUUUUCAUUUCUAUACUUUGUGAUCAAGUGUUUUAAUGUACAAGAAAAAAAUAUUUUUUUCUACAAUAAUACCUUCUAAUCCGGCGUUAUUUAAACUCUAGAACAGCGGUUCUCGAAAUUUUUUGUACAACGUCCCCUCCUGUUGAAAUAAAGCUUCCCACGCCUCCCUUAAACAAUGAGUUGGCAAUGGGUAUAUUGAAAAAAUACUUUAAGUAUUGAAAACAAAAUAUAUUCACUAUGAGAAGAUACAAAAUUAUAAGUUUCAAAUUAAUAAAAAUCCUACUCAUAAGAGAAAAAUAAGUUAAUGAGUUGGAUCAGCUUGUAUUUUCUUAUUCAUAUUAUUGGUAACAUCAAGUUUGUUUUGAUACUCUGUUUUUACUGCCCCAAGAGUUGAAAAAGCUUUUUCACGCAAGCAAGUGAUUGAAAAAGGCAAAAAUAAUUGAAGAGUUGGGAUAUACUUUGAAGUAUUUUAUCCAAAAUGAUUGUUUUCCAUUUAUAUAGUCAUACUUGGCAGAUGAAUCAUUUUUCAUUUCUAAACCUUCUGGCAGGGAGUCAUGAUCAUAUUAAAUGGGUCAGUUGACAAUCUGUAAACAUUUUCAUUAAAAGUGUUUGAGGUAUGAAGGUUUUCCAAAUGUUUUGAUACUUGCGUUUCUUUGCCGAGCUCAAUUUGAAUAUCUUCUCUCACUCAAAUCGCACUAUACUAAAAGUCAAAAUUCCAUUAUGAAAAUUUAAAUCUAAUAGUACUUGAUUGAACACCCACGUAAUACAACACACGCACACUGAGGAGUCUCAUAAAGUACUGUGACUGAUCAAUGGAACAUGACAAUGACAUGGUGUUGGAGGGGAGACCUCGGAAAUUCUCGCCUUUUAUUUCAUAUCAGAGCGGGCGAUAGUAAAAGCACUGUUAAAUUAAAAGUUCGACAACGUAAAUGUAGUUUUAAUAAAUUUUUACUGAGAUUUUUUAAAAUAUUCAAAGAGUAUCACCCUACCCCCGCUCGCCCUCACGGCCACAGUUUGGAAACCAGUGCUCUAAAACGUACGAGAUGACCAUCAGUAAAGGAAAAUGAAUUACUGAAUUUGAAAAAUGAAUUAAUUUGGCUAAAAAAACUAGGAACACAGAUAAAUAAUAAAAUAUUAACUAGUAGAUCAGACUCAAAAUCAUGUAAAGAGGAUUUGUAUUAUAAACAGUGAUGUAAAAUAUACAAUUUGUUAAUUUAAUAGAAACGGAUUUCCAUCAAAAAAUAUAUGUGAAAUAUUUAUUUAUCACCAAAGUUUUUCAAUGUGAGCCAAAUUAUUAGUUGCAUGAACACAAUGAAAAUAUUGAAAUGA